AUGGAGUACAACCGGGCAGCCCGUGAGUUCGGGCGCCUGCAUGCAAUCCUGCCGAAACGUCUCGUGCAGACAACCCUUCUCGUCUGCGAUCUCUGUCAUCGCGUUCGGCGAAUUGUAGAUCCAUCGUCCUCCGCGUACAAGGAGUUCGGAUUUUUACUACAGCUGCUGCAAGAUGGCAGCGUCUUCCCCGCGCGCCAGCGGCAGCAACCGGUUGCAGGGAAAGUGAGGAGUGCGCAGCAGCAGCAGCAGCAGCAGCAGCAGCUGCAGCAAUCGGUGUUGCCGGCGGAGCAACAGGGGGUUGCUGCAGAUGACGGUUCGUUCGACGCUGCGAUGUUUUAUGAACCCGCAGCAGCAGCAGCAGCAGUUGAACAGCAUUUUUUGUCCGACGCGCUCAUCCUUAAGACACUUCUUGCUGCUUCCUUCUCGCCGGCUUUCUUGGUCGGAAAAGUGAAGAACUGCAUCAGCGGAGAGGAUGUCUUGGUCGGAAAAGUGAAGAAUUACAUCAGCGGAGAGGAUAGCGAGGAGGGCAGCAAUGGGAGUGAUGACUCAGGAGGGGCGUCUGUGGCUUUGUACAGCUGGCUUGUGGACCGGGGCGUGGAGCUGAGUCGUUGCUUGUUUUUCAACCGGGGGUUUUCACGGGAGAAGCUAGAGCACAUAGCACAGGCGUUGUCAGUGGUGCUUCCUGGCGUGGAUUUUUUGCUCCUGUUGCCCGACGAUAUAGGUGGUAUAUACAUCUCGGCUUCGUCUGCUGCUGCAGCUGAAGAUGCUUCGGUGCAGCAGAUGUUGAAAUCGAGGGCACCUCUAGACCUAUAUGCCAACUGCAUCCUGUACCUGCCUCCCACGCCGCGAAACGAGUGCUUCCAUUAUAACGCUGAAACAGCAGCAGCAGCAGCAGAAGCGUACAGACAGCAGCUGCGCUCUCCGCCGACUGCUGAAUUCGUGAGUAAAUUGAAGAAUGAGCGGGAGGAGUUCGUGAGGCAAGGGAAGCGGCACUGGGGCGCCGUGGAAGAUGAAGCAGAGGAAGGCAAGGAGAAACGGGAGGAGGAGGCUAUGCAGGUUAUGGGGGUAUUGAAUGUGUGCAAUUCCCCGUUUGAAUGCAGCAGCGAACUCAAGGCAGUUAACGAGAAGAUUUCACAAGAAGAACCCAUUCGCGGCAAGCACUUCAGCCCCUGCACACUCUUCCCCUCCCAUCCUGUCUGCGCCCAGCUCAUCAACCAAUAUGCCUGCGGCCGUUGGAAAUUCAGCUUGUGGGCGCCUGGAACGAAUAAAGUAGAAGCGGUGCCACAAAAGCAGGAGGAGGAGGAAAACGCUAACCGAGAAACCGAAGAAGACAAAGUGUAUGUUCAAAACAGAAAGGCUCUGCAUGGCUUAUGGAUCCCAAUGGUCGCCGCUGUGCGCAUGAAGCAGCAGCAGCGAGGGGGAAAAGGAACGGCAGCAGCAAAAGUAGGAACGUCAGCUUUUGAAUAUUUGAAGUACCCACGGACGAUGUAUCAGCCGGUGGAUCUGGUUCGUCCUGUCUCUCCUUUUGCUGUAUCCUGGUAUUUCAUGAAUCCUCAAGAAGCGUCAGCUACGAGCAGCAGCAGCAGCAAUAGCAAGUCUUCGAAGGCAACGAAAGUGCAGGGCAUCCUGAGCUACCGAUCGCCGAUAGGAGCCAUGGGGGUUUGCCCUGUAGCAGCAUCGGCCUCCGCAGCCGGCAAGCGAGUCUUCCAGCAGGCAAGUGAAGUGUAUGCGGUGGCGGUGGCGCAGCAGAACAAAGACAGCCUGUCCCAGGCGUGGGCUGAGGGCAUAACGGUAUUACCACAACGGGAGUCGCUGGUUCUAAUACUGGCCUUUCUUCCUGGCAAUUGUCAUGUUGAGCUCACUGUCAAAGCCUCCCCUACGCAACCACUCGCUGUUACCAAUAUCGUGGUAUUUGACUCGGUAAAUUUACUGAACAGCGCUGGCUCUACUACCAUCACCUUGGGAGAUUUGCUGCGGGUCAAUGUGCUGCGGCAUAUACUGUCGCGCGUGCUACAAGGCGACCCAGCAGCAGCAGCAGCCGCCGCCGCAGCAUUGCACCACAGCGCACCGACAAGAGGAGGGUUUGGAGGGAGACGCCAGCAACAGGAGGCCCUUAUUAUUGUGGAAGAAGGCUUCCAGGAGCUUCGGGCCGCUUUAGAUGAUCUUCUUACAAAUUGCAACCAGCCCAUACCUCCUUGGCAAGCAAACGAAUACCUCGUUAAAGCGGGGUGUGCUGAGGAUUCGCGCGUGCAGCUGCUGUUUGAGGAGGGUUUGCCGCUGCGGCGGAACGGGAGGAGAGGGGGAGGCAAGAAAAACGCAGACGAGGCUCCGUCGUUCACUUUGCCGGCCUUCAGUGUCGCUGAAGUACAACAAGGAGCCAGUCUGCCGCUCUUUGACAUACCUGCCAUCGCCAAGCACUUCAGCGGCCUCUUGAAGGAAUCGCAGCAACGAGAGUCUGGCCGGGUGAAUUUUGGCAAGCAGAAGGGACGAAGCGGCCAGGGAGGGGGCGGCAAACAGCACGGUGGAGGCAACAUGAGCCAUACACGCGGCAGGGGUUACCAGCAGCACAAGCACCAGCAGAAGCAGCGGCUACAGAACCGAAGUGGACAGAACUUGAGACGGGGAGGAGGGGGCUACACGAGUGGUCGAGCAGCUCCAGGAGGCGGUCAGCACCGCCAACAGCACCGCCAGCAGCAACAGCAACAACAAUACGGGCUUCAGGGGAAUAAGCAGCAGCAACAGCAACAGCGCUUCUCAACAAACGUUGCUUCGUCUACCGAUCCACGGCGCAGCGGCGGCGCUACUGGCAGUAGAGGACAUAUGAGGACGCAGCAGGCAGCGGCAAUGCAUUUCAAGCCUCAGCAAGGAGGGCCUCCAGCCCCCCAACUUGGAGCUUACGCCAGCAACGACGCUGCAGGCAGCCAGGCUGUGCCUCCUCAUCAGAGAACUUAUCGGAUGAACCCUUUUCCAAUGCAUGCACAGGACGGCCAGCAUAAUAUGGGCCUCCAGAUGUUUGCUCGUCAGCAGCAGCCUCACCAGCAUGCUGCUCAGCACCGAUAUCCUGUAGCAGGAGGCGGUGCUGCGCCAGCUGCUGCUGCUGCUCCGAGCCUGCUGCAGCAGCACCCUCAACAGCCGUAUAUGUCUCAUUACAGACAGCCGCAGCAGGUGCAGCAGCACUAUGCACCAAACCCGUAUGGUGUACAGCAGCCUUUUCUUGAUUCUUCACGUCUUCCCAGGCAGCAACAGGUGCAUCUGGGAGCAUCACCGCUGCAGCAGCUGUCGCAGCUUCAGCAGUUGCAACAGUUGCAGCAGCUUCAUAUAAGCACGGGCGCUCCUGCACAGCAGACUCAUGUACAGACGUCAGCCUACAGGGCGGCGGCGCCUCCUGCUGGACUGCUGCAACAGCAGCAGCAGCAGCAUCUCGGCAUGCCUUCAGUGCACGGCGAUGCCACGGGCCAUCCAAAUGUAUUCGGCCGUUAUGGUUGCAGAUGA